AUGGCUUCGUGGAAGAAAACUAUUACAACUCCAUUCAGGAAAGCUUGCACUUUCUUCAACCAGCAGCCAGGAGGGAGAGAGCAGAAGAAGUCUCAGCUUCAAGGGAGUGAAAGUAGCGUGAUGGAUCUGCAUGGAGAAGUGAUGGCAUGCUCAUAUGAAGAUGUUCAGGUGGAGGUUCAAGUGAGGAAGUUGUAUUGUGUGAGUAAGGCUGCUGUUUUACCUAUUAACAUUGAGGAUGUUGCUCUGAGUGAUGUCGAAAUCGAAAAGGCUUUGCAGGCCGGAGAGACACUUGUUCGAGUUAAUCAGGAUACCCGCUUGAAUAACCGAGUUCUUGAUUUGCGAACACCUGCGAAUCAGGGGAUAUUCCGCAUUCAGAGUCAAGUUGGCAAUAUCUUUAGGCAGUUCUUGAUAUCCGAAGGCUUUUUUGAAAUCCAUUCGCCAAAGCUGAUUGCUGGUUCAAGUGCAGGUGGAGUUGCUGUUUUUAGACUCAACUACAAGGGUCAAGAUGCCUGCCUUGCCCAGUCACCUCAGCUUCACAAGCAGAUGGCUAUAUGUGGUGACUUCGGCCGUAUUUUUGAGAUUGGUCAUGUUUUUAGAGCUGAGGACUCCUUCACCCAUAGGCAUUUGUGUGAGUUCACAUGCCUUGAUGUUGAGAUGGAGAUCAAGAGGCACUACUUUGAUGUAGAAUUAGUAAUUUUUUGGGCAUUUGUUUACCUUUAUCGCCCUAUAUGA